AUGGGGCUAAGAGCGGCCAGCCUCUUCCUCCUCUGGCUGGCUCUUGCCUCUGCUAAUGAAAUCAAAAAAGGAAGGACAAGAAGCCAUGGCCACUAUGUCUGCAGCACUUGGGGAAACAACCACUUCAAAACUUUUGAUGGAGACAUCUACCAAUUCCCUGGCGUUUGCGAGUAUAAUUUUGUUUCUGACUGCCGAGACGCUUACAAGGAAUUCUCUGUCCACAUCCAGCGUGCUCUCAACAGCGAUGGCCAUCCUGAGAUCCAGUAUAUCCUGAUGAAAAUCAAGGAUAUAGCCAUCUACCUCAAACCAAACCUGGUUGUGGUGGAUGGGCGGAUUGUGAAGACACCUUACUACGCCUCUGGUGUCUUCAUUGAGACCAGUGAGAUUUACACCAAGAUUUAUGCCAAAUUAGGCAUGGUUCUGAUGUGGAACCAGCAGGAUGCCCUGAUGGUGGAGCUGGACAACAAAUUUAAUAACCAUACCUGUGGUCUCUGUGGGGAUUACAAUGGAAUUCAAAUCUACAAUGAAUUCAUCAAAGGAGAUGCAAGCUACAACUCAAUUACAUUUGGGAACAUGCAGAAGAUCAACAAACCCACGGCCAAAUGUGAAGAUCCAGAUGAAACUCAGGCUCUUCCAAGCUGUAAUGAGCACCGUGAUGAGUGUCAGAAGUUGCUGACUUCCUCUGCGUUUUCUGAUUGUCGGCUCCGUCUUAAUUUGGAAAUGUACAUCCAAGCCUGCAUGCAGGACAAGUGUGCCUGCAAUGGCAAGACAGACUCCUUCUGCCUCUGCAGCACCAUCUCUGAGUAUUCCCGCCAGUGUUCGCACGCAGGCGGCCGCCCGGGAGAGUGGAGGACAGAAAGCUUCUGCCCCAAGAGCUGUCCUGCUACCAUGGUCUAUAGAGAAAGCAGCUCACCUUGCAUGGAUACUUGCUCACACUUGGACAUCAGCAGCCUCUGUGAGGAGCACUACAUGGAUGGCUGUUUCUGCCCUGAAGGAACUGUGUAUGAUGACAUCAGUGAAAAAGGCUGCAUCCCUGUUAGCCAGUGCCACUGCAAACUCGGUGGAAAGACGUAUGCACCUGGAGAAACCAUUUCCAUGGAAUGUGAAGAAUGCACCUGCAAUUCAGCCAGAUGGACCUGCAAAGAUCUAGAAUGUCCAGGCACAUGCUCAGUGGAAGGAGGUUCCCAUAUUUCCACCUUUGAUGGGAAGAAAUACACCUUCCAUGGAGACUGCUACUAUGUGUUGGCCAAGGAUACUGCAAAUGACAGUUAUGCUCUCCUGGCCGAGCUGGUUCCCUGUGGCUCCACAGACAAACAGACCUGCUUGAAGACUGUUGUGCUGUUAGCAGAUAACAAAAAGAAUGUGGUGGUUUUCAGAUCAGAUGGCAGUGUGCUCCUGAAUGACAUGACAGUGAAUGUGCCUCAUGUGUCAGCCAGCUUCUCAGUAUUCAAGCCGUCUUCCAACUACUUUGUUGUACAAACUUCUUUUGGGCUUCAGAUGCAAAUCCAGCUGUUUCGACUCAUGCAGCUGUUUGUGACUGUUGAUCAAUCAGUUAAAGGGAAAGUUCAAGGUCUUUGUGGAAACUUCAACGGAAUGGAAGGUGAUGACUUUAGAACAACCAGCGGGCUGAUUGAGGCUACAGGAUCUGCCUUUGCUAACACGUGGAAAGCUCAGUCCACCUGUGCAGACCAGGCAGAAAAGCUGGAAGACCCCUGCAGUCUCAGCAUUGAAAGUGCAAAUUACGCUGAGCAUUGGUGUUCUUUGCUGAGAAACCCAGAGGGUCCUUUUGCAAGGUGUCACUUAGCUGUCGAUCCUUCAGACUACUAUAAGAAAUGCAAAUAUGACACCUGCCUCUGUGAAGACAAUGAGGAAUGUUUGUGUGCUGCCCUGUCCUCUUACUCAAGAGCCUGUGCUUUCAAAGGGAUUAUACUGGGAGACUGGAGAAAGAGUGUCUGCAGCAGUGAAGCAUCUUCUUGCUCAGGAAAUCAAGUCUUCCUUUACAAUCUUACAAUGUGCCAGCAAACCUGUCGUUCCCUUGCUGAUGGUGAAAAGUAUUGCUUGCAAGACUUUGCUCCUGUGGAUGGCUGUGGCUGCCCAUCCAAUACAUACUUGGAUAACCAGGAUAACUGUGUGCCCAUCUCCCAGUGCCAGUGUUAUUACAAGGGCUCAUACCUGGAACCUGGGGAAUAUUUCACAAAAGAUGGAGAACGCUGUGUUUGCCGAAAUGCUAAGAUCCAAUGCACUUCAGUGAAAUUAAGAAUGAGAAGUGAAGAAGAAUGUUCUUCUAACAAGACGUACUUUGACUGCAGUGCAACCUCAACGUGGAGUUCACAAACACCUUUACAGCUUAGCUGUCAUACUCCUCAAACUGAUCAUUUCCAGACAGAGUGUGUCUCAGGCUGUGUGUGUCCUUUGGGUCUAUAUGAUGAUGGCAGAGGGGGCUGUGUUGAGCAAGAAGAUUGCCCGUGCAUUCAUAACAAUGAGUUGUAUUCUUCUGGAAAAAAGAUCAAAGUGGACUGCAACACCUGCACCUGCCAGAAAGGGCAUUGGGAAUGCACUGAUAACGUGUGCUAUGGGACUUGUACAAUAUAUGGAAGUGGCCAUUAUAACACUUUUGAUGGGAAAUUCUAUGACUUUGAUGGGAGCUGUGAAUAUGUGGCUGCUCAGGACUUCUGUGGCGACAAAAAUUCCAGUGGUUCAUUCAGUAUCAUCACAGAGAAUGUCCCUUGUGGAACUACAGGAGUCACCUGCUCAAAAGCUAUCAAAAUGUUCCUAGGGAAAACGGAACUGAAAUUGGAGAACAAAGAGUACAAAGAAAUUCAGCGAGAUAUUGGUGAUGAUGUGCAGUAUUGGAACAGGACAGUCGGCCUGUACCUGGUUAUUGAGGCUAGCAACGGAGUGAUGUUGAUCUGGGACAAGAAGACUACUGUUUUCAUCAAGCUGAGCCCUGAUUACAAAGGCAAAGUGUGUGGUCUGUGUGGCAACUUUGAUGACAAGGCAAACAAUGACUUUACAACAAGGAGUGGACUGCAGGACUCUAAUGCUCUGAAUUUUGGAAAUUCCUGGAAACAAUCUCCCAUGUGCCCAGAUGUCACAGAAGAGAUUAAGCCCUGUGAUCUGAAACCACACCGGAAAUCUUGGGCAGAGAAAGAAUGCAGCAUCAUCCAGAGCGAAGUCUUCAAAAUUUGUCACUCCAAGGUGAACCCACGUCCUUUCUAUGACGCUUGUGUUCAUGAUGCCUGCUCUUGUGACAGUGGUGGAGACUGCGAAUGCUUCUGCUCUGCAGUUGCAGCAUACGCCCAGGAGUGCAUCAAGGCUGAGGCCUGUGUUUUCUGGAGAACUCCUGAAAUCUGCCCCAUAUUCUGUGACUACUACAACCCUCGCAAUGAGUGUGACUGGCACUACGAGCCUUGUGGCAGUAAUAUCACAACGUGCAGGAUGAUCAAUAAUGUCACCACCAACUUUACAAUACCACUGCUGGAAGGCUGCUACCCCAGAUGCCCUAAUGACAAGCCUAUUUAUAAUGAAGAGACAAAGGAAUGUGUGACUCCAGAUAAAUGUGGAUGUUACCUCGAGGAUGGAACCUCUGUACCUCCUUGGGAAGAAGUACCCUCAAAAGAAAACUGUACAACAUGUGUCUGUGUCCCAUCAGGAUCCAUACAGUGUAAACCAAUCCCAGCGUGUCCUUGUGUCAUCAAUGGAACAAGUUAUCAGCCGGGUGAAACUGUGGGAAACGUACAGCAUGGCGACAUAUGUACAGAAUACAUUUGUGCAGAAAAUGGUUCUGUGGUUCCUGGAAAAGUCUAUCCUUGCCCAACAUCUUCACCUACAAUCAUUUCAACUUCCACCCCUACCAUUACUCUUACCACCACCACUGCAGUUUCCACUACGAGCCAUCCAGUAACUACAACUCCUUGCUUUGGACUGGUCUGUGACUGGACUAAGUGGUUUGAUGUUAGUGAUCCUGAAAAAGGUGAUGGUGACUAUGAAACAUAUGAGGAAAUAAGAAAGCAUGGAAACAAAAUAUGUACAGCGCCUGAGAAAAUUGAAUGCAGGGCUAAGAAUCAACCUGAUGUGAGCUUAGAAGAACUUGGUCAGAAAGUCCAGUGUAAUGUUACAUAUGGGCUAAUCUGUAAAAAUGAUGAGCAAGAUGUAACUAUGUGGCCACUUUGCUAUAAUUAUGAAAUCAGAGUAAACUGUUGUGAGUGGCAAGAAAUUCCUUGUGGGCCUACAGCUACACCUACUGCACCACAAACUACAACUUCAACGACCAUCAAGACAAUACCCACCACCACUGCAACCAGGACUUCAACCACACCCAUACACAUCACUUCCACAAGCACAGCAUCCCCUACAACAGAAUUGCCAACCACUUCCACAUCACCAGAGACUCCCAGCACCACCACCACCACAACCACCACCACCAGAGAGCCAACGACAACAACUCUUCCAACACCAACCACCACAGGUCCCCCAGGGUGUGAAUGCGUCUGGUCAGAGUGGUUCGAUACAACUUAUCCAGAUGCUUCCGACAAGAACAGUGGUGACUACGAAACCUUUGAGAACAUUUGGAACAAGUUCCCGUCCUGGGAGUGUGCGAAAGUCGAGAAUGUUUCAUGCCGAGCACACAAAUUCCCUGACACUCCCAUUGCAGAUUUAGGGCAGAAAGUGGAAUGCAGUGUUGACGUAGGGCUCAUCUGUAACAAUAAAGAUCAGCAGAUAGGAGGUAUCAUACCGAUGCCAGUGUGCCUCAACUAUGAGAUCAGUGUCUGCUGCACCCCCAGCUACCCAGAGUGUCUUGCAACUCCAAGCACCCCAAGCACCACACCUUCCAGAGCUUCAACCACCACGAGCAGUGUGUCCACCCCAAUAUCAACAACCUCUCCAACGCCAACAGCAGAGAAGACUUCCAUCAGUACCACCCCUACCACCACCACCACCACUACGACCACGUUGCCCCCCAACGCCACCACCACCAGUGGCAGCACCUCACAGACAACACCAACUGUUCCUGUCUCAACAACACCCAUUUCAACCACUUCAGGCACCUCCACGCCCACACCAACAUAUACCACCACCACACCAACGACAGGUGGCCCUUGGGCUGGUUGUUUCAGAAGGAACAAGGACACAGGGGCCUAUGUCCUCCUGUCCUGUGGAGAUACUGAUCCUCUUGGUACUGUGCAUACAUNACCGGAGACUCCCACCACCACCAGCACCACCGGCCCUCCGAGCACAACAACCUCUGUUUCUGGACCAACAACUACCCCCUCAACUCCUGGAAGUACAGCUCCACGCACAGCGAGCACCCCAGAAACCCCAGAAACACCAACUACUCCCACGCCAACAGCAUCUGAAACUCCCAUCAUCACUGCCAGCACCACGAUACCCCCCAGCAGCACCACCAGCAUCAGCACCCCUAAGACAACAACGACUGUUACUGGAUCAUCAACAACCUCCUCCACUUCUUCAAGCACAUCCACACCCAUAUUAGAACACACGACCACAACUCCAGGCACACCGAGCACAACAUCCCCUACAACAGAAUUGCCAACCACUUCCACAUCACCAGAGACUCUCAUCACCACCACCACCAGAGAGCCAACGACAACACCAACCACCACAGGUCCCCCAGGGUGUGAAUGCGUCUGGUCAGAGUGGUUCGAUACAACUUAUCCAGAUGCUUCCGACAAGAACAGUGGUGACUACGAAACCUUUGAGAACAUUUGGAACAAGUUCCCGUCCUGGGAGUGUGCGAAAGUCGAGAAUGUUUCAUGCCGAGCACACAAAUUCCCUGACACUCCCAUUGCAGAUUUAGGGCAGAAAGUGGAAUGCAGUGUUGACGUAGGGCUCAUCUGUAACAAUAAAGAUCAGCAGAUAGGAGGUAUCAUACCGAUGCCAGUGUGCCUCAACUAUGAGAUCAGUGUCUGCUGCACUCCCAGCUACCCAGAGUGUCUUGCAACUCCAAGCACCCCAAGCACCACACCUUCCAGAGCUUCAACCACCACGAGCAGUGUGUCCACCCCAAUAUCAACAACCUCUCCAACGCCAACAGCAGAGAAGACUUCCAUCAGUACCACCCCUACCACCACCACCACCACUACGACCACGUUGCCCCCCAACGCCACCACCACCAGUGGCAGCACCUCACAGACAACACCAACUGUUCCUGUCUCAACAACACCCAUUUCAACCACUUCAGGCACCUCCACGCCCACACCAACAUAUACCACCACCACACCAACGACAGGCACACUGAGCACAGUAUCCACUACACCAGAGUUGCCAUCCACACCGGAGACUCCCAGUACCACCACCACCACCACCAGCAGGUCUCCAAGCACAACCACAACUGGUACUGGGUCACCAACCUCAACUACUUCAAGCACGUCCUCUCCCACACCAACAUACACCAGCACCCUAGGAACUCCAGGUACUUCUAACUCCAUCCACACCAAGCACACCAAAAUCAACAACCACUUCCCGACCACCAGAGACUCGCACCACCACCACCAGCCCUCCAAGCACAACAACCACUGUUACUGGGUCAACAACAACCAUCUCAACUACUGCAACCUCACCUACGAAGACACCAAGCACACCAGAAUCACCAGCCACUCCCUCACCGGAGACUCCUACCGCUCCACCCCAACAACAACUGUUCCAACUGGACAAACACCAACACCCACUCCAACUACUUCAAGCACAUCCUCACCAACACCAACAUACACCACCACCCAACCAACUCCAGCCUCACCUUCGUCCACACUGAGCACACCAAAAUCAACAACGACUCCUUCGAUACCGGAGACUCCCACCACCACCAGCACCACCGGCCCUCCGAGCACAACAACCUCUGUUUCUGGACCAACAACUACCCCCUCAACUCCUGAAAUUAUCACCAGAACCCCAUCGGUUCCACCGACUCCACCCACAGAAGAAAUAAAAGGUACCACAACAGCUGAACCACAGACGUCGACAAGCACCCCAGUUACUCCUUCAACUACCCCACUGCCAACAACAAGUACGACAGAAAUAAGUACAUCUACUGCAAGCACCACCAGUCAACAGUCAACAUCACCAGUGUCAACAAGCCCAGUGACAGCUACCACCUCUGAAGUCACUGAAACAACACCAACCACCAAGACAACCACUUCAGGCCCCACACCCUCAAGAUCCACCAGCACCACACCAGUAACAGAAACACCUUACCAUGAGACCACUAAAACACCACCACCAGUAUCAACAACCCCAUUCACUGGAGAAACAUCAACCACCAAGACAACCACUUCAGGCCCCACACCCUCAAGAUCCACUGCUCCCACCACCACAGUAGGAACAGAAAUAAGUACCCUAAGGACGACCUCUGCUACUGGUCCUACUCCAAUAACAUCACCUACAUCAACCAGACCUGUGUCAACCACCACUUCUGGUACUACUCCAACAGCAAGCUUUACCACCACUUCAGGAACCACCUCUAGUAGUUUUAUCCCAACCAAUGCAACCACCACCUCCACCACCUUCAAAACCCUUUCCCCUGGCUCAACUGCUACAUCUGGGCCUACUGCAACAUCAACUGCAGUCACCACUACGGGAAGUUCUACACACAGUGCAACUCCUCCAGUUAGUGGCUCAAGUACAAGUCUAACACCAACCAUUCCUAAAAAAAAUUGUACUAUUUUCCCUAAUGAAUCUUAUGAGGAAGGUGACUCAUGGUGGCUCUGUAACUGCACUAAGGCAAUAUGUAUAGAAGACAACAUUGUCCAGGUGAUUCCAGUAAUCUGCAAUCCACCUCCAAAACCCACAUGUGCCAAUGGACUGUCUCCUGUGCGAGUCAUUGAUGAAGAUGGAUGCUGUUGGCACUGGGAGUGUGAUUGCUACUGCACUGGCUGGGGAGAUCCACAUUACAUGACUUUUGAUGGAUUGUACUACAGCUAUCAAGGGAAUUGUACAUAUGUCCUUGUGGAAGAGAUCAAUAAGAAUGUUGACAACUUUGGUGUCUACAUUGAUAACUACCAUUGUGAUGCACGGGAUGUAGUGUCCUGUCCUCGAACGCUCAUCGUGAGACAUGAGACUCAGGAAGUGAGGCUAAGAACAGCACAGCCAAAUACUCUAAAAGUAGAGGUGACAGUAAACAACCAGCUCGUGGCUUUGCCUUACAAGAAGUUUGGCGUGAGCAUCUAUGAGUCAGGCAUAAAUCGUGUGGUGGAAAUUCCUGAGCUGAAAAUGAAUGUGACCUACAAUGGCUUGUCCUUUUCUAUCAGAAUGCCCUACAGCCUGUUUGGCAACAACACCCAGGGACAGUGUGGUACUUGCAAUAACAACACAGCAGAUGACUGCAUGCUGCCAGAUGGAACUAUUGCAGAUAACUGUGAAACCAUGGCAGAUCAUUGGCAAGUUGUUGAUCCUUCCAAACCACAGUGCUCUCCAGGCCUAGUUCCUACAGGUUCACCAAGCACAACACCAACGCAGCCUUGCAAAGAAUCUUCCAUCUGUGAGCUUCUUUUGGGAAGUGUGUUCGAGCCAUGCCAUGCAUUUGUCCAGCCUGAAAAGUACUAUGCAGCCUGUGUUUUUGAUAGUUGUGUACUUCCCAACCUAGACCUGGAAUGCUCCAGUCUGCAGGUCUAUGCUGCCACCUGUGCUGAUCAAGGUGCCUGCAUUGACUGGAGAAGCCACACCAAUGGUGUAUGCUCUCAUGAAUGUCCUCCAGGUAAAGAAUACAGAGCAUGUGGUCCUAUAAAAGAGACGACCUGCAAGUCAAGAGGACAGAAUGACACAUCAACUAAACAAGUGGAAGGCUGUUUCUGUCCUAAUGGAACCAUGCUGUAUGACUCUGGUGUGGAUGUCUGCGUGAAGACCUGUGGCUGUGUUGGAGUGGAUAUGAUACCAAGAGAGUUUGGAGAAAGGUUUACAGUGGACUGUCAAGACUGUAUUUGCCUGGAAGGUGAACAUGGCAUUGUAUGUGGGCCUCAUGUAUGUGAUCAAAAGAAGGUCACUUGUGAUGGAGAAGGCUUCUAUGAAGUCACUGAAGUCAAUCCUGAAGACUCCUGCUGCCCUCUUUUCACUUGCAAAUGCAAUACAAGCUUGUGCACAGCCAAAGCUCCCAAGUGCUCACUGGGAUUCGAAGUUCAUUCUUACAUUCCCAGUGGUCAGUGCUGUCCUGUAUACCAAUGUGUUCCCAAGGGGGUUUGUGUACACGAGAGUGCUGAGUUCUUGCCCAACUCCUCAGUCUUUGUUGACAAGUGUCAGAAUUGUAUCUGCACAAAUGAUGUUAACGUCAGCACUCAACUGAAUAUCAUCUCCUGUGAACAUGUCCCCUGCAACACCUACUGUCAACCAGGAUAUGAGAUUAAACCAGUGAAAGGUGAAUGCUGUGGAAAAUGUGUGCAGACCAAGUGUAUUAUACACACAGCAGACAAUUCUGAACUCAUCUUGAGUCCUGGAGACUUUAAAAAUGAUCCUCAAAACAACUGCACCAUUUAUAGCUGUGUAGAUGUCCACAACCAGCUUAUUGCUUCCACAUCUGAGAUUACCUGUCCAGCAUUCAAUGAGGACAGCUGCAAGCCUGGAACUAUUUCAUUCUUACCUAAUGGUUGUUGCAAGACCUGUGCCCCUCUGGACAGCAGCACCCCGUGCACUGUGCGCCACAGGACAGAUUUCAUCGUCUACGAUGGCUGCCGCUCCGUGGACAGAGUGGACUUGACUGAAUGUGAAGGAACAUGUGGAACCUUCUCGCUAUACUCUGCUGAGGCCAAUUCUAUGGACCACAGCUGCUCCUGCUGCAGAGAGACAAGCACCACUGAGAAGCACGUGGUUCUGAAAUGCCCCGGUGGGCACUCAGUGUCACACAAGUACAUCUAUGUGGAGAGCUGCAGCUGUCAAGACACUGCAUGCAGCAGAACACAGUCCAGCGAGCAGCAGAACAACGAAGAAAAUGCCAAGGCGAGCACUCUGAACCGGGUCGAGAGAGCCAUCAGCUUAACAUCAAAAUGAGGGCAAAAAAAACCUGGCAUCGUUAACUAAAAGGACUGAAAACCAUUCUUAACUUCCUUGGCUACUUUUGGACUUUACUCUUCCCAGUAACUGCAUCCUGUUUUUUCUCUAAUUAAUUUGAAUUGUGCUCUAUUUAUUUGUGCACAAAAUAAGAAGACAAAGUUGUAUUCUUACACGUGCACAGCCUCUUGGGUCCUCUUCAAAUCUGCUUAUUUUUCUCUCCAUGAUUAAAAGCACAUCUCAAAAAGCA